AACGUACAGCUGAAUGAAAUAUAAUUUCUCUGAGGACCAGGGAAUAAAAAUCUGGUCUACAAAUAAUACAACACAAAACGUGAAACAUCAAGGAGUUAUGUUCUAUUCUGUCAAAACUGGAGUUUUUUUCCUUGGUUUUCUUUAGUUUUCAGAAUUAGAUAAUAACAUAUGCAGCACUAUAACUUUACUGUUGAGUUCACCAUAUCAGUACAUGUUUUAUCUGUGAAUGUCUAGGUCAGCUUGUGAAAGAGCAUAGCAGUCACUGCAGUUCCAUACAGCUGAAGAGAGUUACAUUGUUUGCUUUAGUGUUAUAUUGCUAAAACCUGGAGAUGGGCUGAUAUUUAAAACAUAUUUUUUCAACAAAGUUCAAUUAUCUAGUUCUAAUUCUUAAAGUUACAUUUACUCCAUCUCACUCAUUGAAAAAAAAAUCCAAACUUUAUGAAGUGGCAAAUAUUGUUGAUGUCAAAAGUUUAACUACUGCAUACAAGAUGUCUUGAACAUCACUGAAAGACCAUUCUCAGUGUACUGUAUGUGGAAUGCAGGCUUCAAGUUUCCAAAUCACACCUGUGUUAGUUGCAUAUUGGACCAGGACUGGCUUCUAAACUAGUUGCAAGGUCAUGAAUCAUAUCUUCAAGUGCACUUCAACUCUCUUAGAUUUUUGGUGAGCACAGAGAAAGAUUCUGCCUUUAGCAGAUGAAUGUGAAGACAGUCUUUUAGUGUUAAACUCAUGCAUGCACUUAUUUGCAGUUAUUUCACACUACAACUGAAGGAUAUAGUAUUGUUGAUAUCAAUAUAUCACAGAUUAUGGCCAUUAAAGUAUCUAAAGAUAAACCUUGAAGUGUUACAGCUGGAGGGAGACCUAAAUAAUCCAGCCAUCGGCUCAAUGGGUUUACUGGGUCUUGAUUUUUGUGGUCUGUUCUCACCUCAUCCUGGCACAUGCAUGCUUGGACUCCUUACAAGUAGUUACCUAGCAACAACAGCCAUGGCAACUGCCACAGCACCAGCUACUUAUAAUGCUGGAGAAUGAAAUGCUGAUAAGAUGGAGGGAGUGCAUGUUUACUGGAGAGGUUUUGGGUAAAACUGAUUACAGACUCUAUUCUGAAGAUUUUAAGACAAAAUAAUGAUGAGUCCUGCAGAGGAGAUGCAUUUCUACAGACCACAAUAUGUCUUCCAAAUCAAUGCUGCAAAAUGCAACUGACUUUUACUGAAAGCAUGAAACGAGAAAAAUUAACAUAUGAAUCUUUUACAAGCCUAUAAGCCUAAAUCGUAGAAAGCUGCUGUUAAGAUAAUUAACCAGAUUAAGUCUAAUCGCACUUAACAGACUUACUGUCUGAUAAGGCAACAUUUAUAAAGGGUUUAUAAGUUAGAAUUUAUGUAAAUAUAUCAUGCAUUAAUGCUUUGUAGUUCAGUUCUAAACAACUGUUGUGAAAAAUCCUCCUCCAGCACAUCUUUGCUUGUCUUUUUUUAAAACAAAUUCUACAGAGUCCCUCUAACAAACCACUCUGACUUCUAUAAAAAGGGCUAAAAAAGUUUGUCAACCACUUGUUACUACAUGAGUUAUUUGGGGUUUUCACAAUUAUUCAUUAAAUCAGCAGCUAUAAACGAUCAAGGGGUGUUUUCCCACCUGCCCCUUUCAUUUGUAAUAAUUAUAUAUAUAUAUAUUUUAACAACCUGGCCAAAAGCACAAAAUGAUUUAUUAACCAUCAAUAAAGCCAUUAAUUACAGCUCAUAAAGACGUUAUAAACAGCACUGUGGCAACACCUCAGGCCAUUAGGUUUAUGAACACAGAGCUACACUGAACUGUAAAAGCCAAUAAAAUCACUGGUCGAUUAAUGAAUGUACAGGGGCCUUAAUUAUGGUGACCUGAGGGUUUGCAGACUUAUCAUCAUCUGAACAGAUCACAGAGCAGAGGAAGGUUAUUUUUUGGAGAAGCAAGGCUGCACAUUCGUUGUUUACUUAUUUAUGUUAUUUAAACUGAAGUUGUUUUGUUGUUUUUUUACUUGGGCUACACUUAACACCAAAAAUACAUUAAAUGUAUUUUUCUUUUGUUUGUUUCUGUUUUUUAACACUAAGCACGUUUUUUUCACUCAUGUACCCACUGGUUGUCUGGCGUCACAUGGCAGCAGGGGGCAGCUCUUCACACCCACAAACUGAACAGUACAGUGGUUCAGUCGCACCAACACUUGAUGGAAUUAAAACAUCCUGACGUCCCGCUGAGCUCCGGUGCGUCUCCGAGCGCGGUCACCACACCAGCGCUGGAGCAGGCAGAUAUGUGGAUCUACCUCUGAACCAUAGACAGAUAUACUGUCAGCAGGCUGACAGUGGCCGCUAUGUGGAGGCUACCUACACGACAGCAGAACCCAGAUAAAUUAGAUUAUUGGAUUGACUGCAACAGAUUAUAGCUCUCCUACUUCCCCCAUGCCUCAUAAGAAAACCACAUCAAUUUGAUCAUAUUUCACGCGGAGUUUUCGCAAAUAUAAAGGUAGGUAUUUUACUUUACUUCAACUAAAUAAUGUUUUUUUUUGUACUGUGAUUGUUUUGAUCAGCACAGCCUAUGGAUGUUGGCAGCAGACAUGAAGUAGGUCGCUACAUAAAUUCUGCCGCUUUCAACCAAGGCAAACAGGUCAUUUAGUGCAUUGAGUUCUGAAAUGAAUUUUAUCUGGCGACAGUCUAAACUAAAAGAGACAACAUUCUGGCUCUUGCUUUAUUUGCUGCAUUAGACGACAGUGAGUGGCCUAUUCAACUCACUUUCAUUGUUGUUGCUGAAUAGAUUGGGUCAUGGGCCUCACUGAAAAUACCAGGUAAAAGAUGUUUUACUUUACUACUCCUAUUUUUAUUCUUUUAACGAAAAGUUAUUUUCAUUUUUCCCUGAAUUGGUGUCAUAUUACCAAAUACUAGGCACGUGUGCGCGUUUACAUUUUGCUGAAUGGACACUAUAAAUUUCCAUUUUGAAUAAUCCAUUACAUUUUUUCACUAAAUGUCUCAAAUGAUUCAAAAUAUAUUUAUUUUUGAAUAAAUUCUAUUGUGCAGAACAUCACUCUCUAACAGGACGCAGCUUUCUAACAAAACAGUGGCUAAAUGCUUCAUAACUGACUUAUCUCAUUCAAAGCCAUAGUGUUUUUCAUUAGUUCUGUGUAGAUCAUUUUUCCUCAUGCAAAGCAACAACCAGACAGUGGUGAUUUAUAUGACUUAAGAUGUGUCUUACACAGUGCUGUAAUUCAGUUCAGUUGCUGCAUCUUUUUCCAUGCAGAAGUUCUUAAGAGAGAUUUCACAGGUAAAAAGGUAGAGCUAUUCACUGAUGACAUUAUAGUUUACUACCAAGCGAGCACAGUAAGGAUCUUUAAAAGAAAAACACCUAGUUAAUUUUAAUGUUCAGUGAUAAAUAAUUUAACAAGCUGGGACUUGUCAACUCUGAACCUGCAGUGCUGUACUUGUUUUUCCAUGACAGUCUCUGCUCUUUUCUGGGCAUCAUUCCCCACUGUGAUUGUCUCUGACCUGUGAAUCGUUAUGUAACAGCCUCCUGCAUCCACUGAUGGCAGAGGCCAUGUAGAGACUGCAACAGGAAGCAAACCCACAGAUAGGGGUGAUAGCAGUGCAUCAUAUGAUGUGUGAAUGGUAAACGUCAUGGAGGAGGAGGAAACCACCCACAAUUAUGAAACACAUUGACAAAACAGUGCUUUCUAUACUUAUUCAGUUUGAACAGUUAGUCAGGGCUGCCAGCCUGAAAAAUCUGAGCAGAAAUUAGACAGGAAGCACUUGCUUCUCCCUCAUCACCCUCCAAUGAGAUGCUCUUAAAUGAGACAUUAAACACUGCUCUAGUGGCCAACACAGAAACACUGGUAGCACUUCCAAGCAGUACUUGUUACUUCCAAGUGUGAUUAUUUGAAUGAAUUAUGACAUGCAGUAUUAUAAGUGGGACAAGCAUCCAGUUGCCUACUUCCUCAGCCUCAGUUGUGGUCCAUUUUGCCAUUGCCAGUCUUUUGCUCUGCUUGCCAGCCUGCAAGCAUUUCUUACCACAAAAACAUCUAACACCAUGUCUCCUCCUCCUUAUUAAAUAAUAUAUGCAGACUAGAUUAAAAAAAGACUGUGCUCAAAUACUGGUAAAUGACAUUCAUGCAGAACAGGAUCUCAUCAUACAACACCAUCUCAGUAUUUGGAUGCCAUCACAAAGAAUCCAUCUGUUUUCAAGUUGAUUUAAAUAUUUACAGUACUUUAAAAGAGACAGGGGGUUGGAUGGAUGGAUGAGAGACAGAUAAAUAUUAGUAAAACAUAUUAUUCAUGCCAGUGUUAACAUGGAAAUGAACAGGUUAUUGUUGAUUUUGAUGUUGUUGUUUUGAUGAUAUUAGAGGUGAAUGUGUCGUCCCCCCAGUGAUAUCAAAAUGGCCUGCUCAGCCUCCUUCAGUCAGUACACAUACAGCACUGCGCAACACUGCUGUCUGGAUAGAGGAUGUGCAAGUAUAAGCAAAAAGAGUAUAAUAGCCAGCAAAGCAGGAACUCGGUAUUACAUUGUGUCCAUAAUCCCCAGAUGAAAGCAGAAGCUGAUGGGUUUGCAAGUAUAGAAAAAGAUGCAACAAAACACACAGAGGGUGAAACUGUCGCCGUACAGUGUCACUGUUUUCACCGAGAGACAGACAGAUUGUGUUGUGUAGACAGAGAGAAUAAUCCCCUCCAGCAGGGAGGGGAGCAACAGGAAGGUAGGAUAAUGCCACCAGCAGAGAAACUUGCAGACCCUGCCUGGCUGCUCUGCUGUUGCCAUGGCUGGUAAUCAACUGACAACCUAAUAUACUGGAUACUGAGUCUGUAGUGUUUAUGAGACAUGCAUCAUACAUGGUCUCAUCCAUUUUUUGGAUAUUAACCUUUAUAAUAACCUAACAAUCCUUUAUUCUUUAAUAAGAUUUACAAAAUAUUAAUCUCUACAAUCCUUACUAGUCCACAAACUUAUAAAGUUCCACUAAUUACUGCUGGUCAUGGUGUGGUUUUGACCAACAGUAUGGCAGUGUGUGCUGCUGCAGAGUGAUCACAUGGUGGACAGCUUUAACUCACAGAGCUAUUACUGUCCCCGUCUAUUAAUACCUCCAAAGGCCACGCCGAGGGAAGACGCUGCUCAGUUACGUCCGGCAGAAAGUCGCAAGGGUUUAAAUUGUAAUUAGACACCAGAUUGUAAGGGCACAAGAACCUGUUUACCUCUUUGAAUGGUGCAGAUAAAGUUCAAACAUGCUCAUUUAAUGUAGAGCGUUAAAGUUGUUUUGAAUGCAUGAGAAUAUUAUGAUAUAUUAAGUGAUGUUCUUUUUUAAAGUUAGUAUACAUGGAUGUGCAACUUUUCAUCUCACCAACAGUGUUACAACAAAGACAUGCACAAUUUGAACUUAAAAUAUUCUGAGCUCUAUCACCUGGGAACCAAUGUAUUCACUAUGUUGUUUUAACUCUCUCAAGGGCUCAUUUUUGAUAAAAUAGGUAGAUUUUUUUUUCCUCUAUUAAAGGCUGUCUUCUUUUUUCUUUAACCUGAAUUUGCAUUAACUUUUAAGUGCAAGUUUCAAGUUGAUUUCUUCUGAUGAAACAUCCAAGGCACACAGAUAUAUAUCUAUGAGUGGGGCUUCAACAGACACUUCACCUGAUGUAGUCGUUUAGACAUGACAUAUUUUACCAAUUUUUAUUGUCUUUGUGGUCUAUAUGGCUUUAAUUUAAUAGUGUGCUUGGUUGUAACUGUGGUUCCUUUUAUAAUUUAUGUGCUUGUGGUUUGCUUUGACCUUGUUUCAUUCAUGUUUGCAAGUUUUUGCUGAUUUUUGUGUGUUUUUAUGUGAAUGUAUUCCCUCCAGACUGGCAGCCAUGCUGACCAGCUUUAUGGAAGGUAUUCUCUGCUGCCUGACCUCAAAGUCUGCCAACGUUGUGGUUCCUGUAGAAACUUCAGAACCCGCUGAUGGCUACGAGUUUGUGGAGGUGAAACCAGGCCGGGUCCUGCGGGUUCGACACAUCAUCCCUGACCGGCCAGUGGUGGAGGAACCCGCUGGGCAGGGUGGGAGUGUCAGCUGCAAACGAAAGAUCACAGUGUAUCGUAACGGACAGCUGUUCAUUGAGAACUUGGGCGACAGGGCGAGCGCAGAGUUGAAAAGCUGCCAGAAUGGAGGGACAGAACCUAACAGCACAGUAGAGGUUGAACUUACAGACUGCGGAAACUCCUCGCCGCCUGUCAGCAUCCCCGAGGGCAGGUCAGACUCCAUCACAGCUGGAAACAACGGGGUAUCCGAGACAGGAGCAGGAGGAGAGGCACCCGCUGCUGGACACGCCGACCAGUCCCAGCAACCCAGGAAGCGCCGGCGGAAGCCCAAACGCACUGUGGUGAUCGACUGUGAGAGGAAGAUAACAGCCUGUAAAGGGACGCAUGCAGAUGUGGCUCUGUUCUUCAUCCACGGAGUGGGAGGCUCGCUGGACAUCUGGGGAAGCCAGUUGGACUACUUUUCUCGGCUAGGCUACGAAGUGAUUGCCCCGGACCUGGCAGGUCACGGAGCCAGCUCGGCACCGCAGAUAGCUGCAGCAUACACUUUCUACGCCCUGGCAGAGGAUAUGAGACUAAUCUUCAAAAGAUAUGCACGCAAGAGGAAUAUUCUCAUAGGACAUUCUUAUGGUGUGUCGUUCUGUACGUUCCUGGCCCACGAGUAUCCGGAUCAGAUCCACAAGAUGGUGAUGAUCAAUGGAGGUGGUCCCACAGCUUUGGAGCCCAGCCUCUGCUCCAUCUUCAAUCUGCCCACCUGUGUGCUUCACUGCCUCUCCCCACUGCUGGCCUGGAGCUUUCUCAAGGCUGGCUUUGCACGGCAGGGUGCCAAGGAGAAACAGCUGCUGAAAGAGAACAAUGCCUUCAACGUGUCGUCCUUUGUGCUGCGCGCCAUGAUGAGCGGGCAGUACUGGCCUGAGGGGGACGAGGUCUACCACGCUGAGCUCACAGUGCCCAUCCUGCUGGUUCACGGCAUGCACGACAAGUUUGUUCCUGUUGAAGAAGACCAGCGCAUGGCUGAGAUCCUCCUAAUGGCCUUCCUCAAGUUACUGGAGGAUGGCAGUCACAUGAUCAUGAUGGAGUGUCCUGAGACUGUCAACACACUCCUGCAUGAGUUUUUCCUCUGGGAGCCAGCCACCCCUCCACCGCCAAAGAAAGAGUCCAAAGCACGUCCAGAGACUGCCAAAGCCCAGUCUGACAACACCAAGGCAUCAUCUGAGCCCGCCAAGGUCCGACCUGCGACUGCCAGGCAAACCUCAUCAAACGGCGGCGCAGAGGAGAAGCCAGACAGCAAGGCCAAAAAAUGACUGAAGAUUAAAGCCGAGUCAGAUUAAAGCUGAAACUUCCAGUGGUUGUUACACUAAAUCAUGGCUGACUGCACACUUUGUAUGUCCUGGGGAACUGAGCUGGUGGGAAGUGGUUGACCUGAUGAUGAGCCAAAUAAAGCAGAGUUAUCAGAAAUGGUCCAGCUAAAAGGUUGGACUUACUGGAAAUGGGACACUACAGGGAGUUCAAAUUUGAUUCCAGUCAUGUCAGCAACAAAGCUCAAGGACAGAGGAAAAGGAGCUCCAAUAAUAUAACGAAACAAAGAUGGUCCAUUGUUCAGCUUCAACUCCCUGUCCUACAUACAGCAGGGAAGAUAUGGUUGUGCCUUGACGUGAUGUGUGGUGAUGAUGUUAAGGUAGGCAGAGUAAGAGGAGGAGGAAACAGUCAUAUACAGUCAUGUGUAACAGGAUCAAACCCCCCCCCCCCCCCGUGUGUUUCUUAGCCUGUCCUGCUGGGGAGCACUCUGACAAACAGCACACAGGUUUGUGUCUUUGCCAGACAAAAUACAGAUUAAAAAAACAGUAAUACACUAACACUAAUAAAAAAAUAUAUAAUACUUAAAGCAGUCCAGGUCUAGAGUCUCUUUCAAUCUGUGGUCACGUGGUUCAAGUAGCUGGAGGUAGUGACCAGGUGUAGAGAGUCCAAGUAAAGUGCAGCUAACAGUGACUCAAUAAACAACGCAAAAGCACAGCGGGGAUAAGCUCUGUGACAUGCACUAGGUCAAUUAACGUAGAAUUCAGAAAGACACUUGAAAUUCAGGAACACAUAGAUCAUGUGAUCACAACCAAACGAAGAAAACAAAACAUGCAAUUUGGCCCUCGUAUGUGGUAGAUUUAAGUGGCUAUGGGUGGCUAGCACAAAACUUCUGGGAUCGUGCAGGGUUAGGGAGAGAUUCCUAUCUGAGAGGAGAGGUGAC